GGUAUAAAUACUAUAUAAACGUGAGCAAUGCAAGUGUUUGUACAGAUUUCUAAAACUUCAAAAUGAUACAAAUAUCAGCUCUAUUACUGUUAGGUGUAGGCCUGUGUCUCAUCUCAAUAACUCAGGCAGUACCUGGCGCAAGUUGUAUCGACAACUCCCAAUGUGGAUCUGGAGAGUGCUGUAAAGAGAACGUCCAGAUAGUCAGCAGGAAGAGAGUACCCGUCCUUCCUUGGCCCCAAAAAAUUUGCCAGACGUACUUCAAUGAGGGCGAGAGCUGCUCGGUCUUCCGGUCCGGCUGCGGCUGCCGGAAAGGUCUGACCUGUGUCCGGAGUUUACCGAAAGCCACCCCCGACAAGAUGGCCGCCCGGCUCAUUAUAGAUGAUGGCUCUACCUACACCUGUCGUCGCAGAUUUGGAGUGGCUCCCCCUGUUUUGGAUAACUAAAGAAAUACAAAAGUUAUUUCCCUUGUACUAUUUCUGCACACGGUGAUGUGUACUAUAUUUCCUACCUCUGAAGAGAAAUACCAAAUAAAAAUAUAUAUAAUUCGA